AUGGCUUCGCGUCUUGGAGUUUCCGUACGCGCCGCCUUGAGCGCGUCUCACGCCCCAAACGACGGACGACGGCGUGACUCCUCCUCCUCAUUUCAGAUUUUCACAGCACCAUCGACUAACCGGAGGAACCGAAAUGGGAGAACCGGAUUACGAACUCUCCGGGUUACAAGCGAAGGACCCGGACCCGAAUCGUACCUCCACAUGUGGAAAAACGCAGUCGAUCGCGAGAAGAAAGAGAAAGCGUUCGAGAAGAUAGCCGAGAAUGUAGCCGGCGGAGAGAAAGGCGAAGUGGAAUUAGAGAAGAAGAAGAGCGACGAGUUCCACAAAAUCCUGGAGGUUUCCGUCGAGGAGAGAGAUCGGAUUCAGCGAUUACAGGUCGUGGAUCGUGCUGCCGCCGCGAUCUCCGCCGCGAAAGCGAUCCUCGCCUCUAACAAUUCAGGCGACGGCAAAGAUGGGUUUUCAGAUGAAGUCAAAAGCGACGGACUUGAAGUCACAGAGAGUCAGAAAAACGCUAAGUCAGGAGGAGUGUGGAGCAGAACAGUGUACGUGCCACGGCCAGAGACGUCUGGAUCGGAGACUCCAGGGCCAGAUUUUUGGUCAUGGACACCUCCUCAAGGCAGUGAGAUGAGUUCUAAUUUGAACGGAGACUUGAAGGCUGUGGUGGAGCCUGUUGAGUUUCCGACGUUGUCGAGUCCUGUGCUGGAGAAAGAACAUUCAGCAGAGUCUCUUUCACUACCUUACGAGAGUAUGCUUUCAAGUGAAAGACACAGUUUUGUGAUCCCGCCUUUCGAGUCAUUGAUCGAGGUUGGGAAAGAGACGGAGACGAAGCCAUUGUCAUCAGCGGAGCAUGACCUUGAUGUGAUAUCUUCAGCGAAUGCGGAAGAGGCGGCUCGUGUUCUUGAUGGUUUGGAUGAGUCUUCGUCUCAUGGAGUUAGUGAGAACGGAUUGAAGUGGUGGAAGCAGACAGGUGUAGAGAAGAGGGAGAAUGGUGUGGUUUGCAGGUGGACGAUGAUACGUGGUGUCACUGCUGAUGGUGUUGUUGAGUGGCAAGACAAGUAUUGGGAAGCUUCUGAUGAGUUCGGUUUCAAGGAACUCGGUUCAGAGAAAUCAGGACGUGAUGCGGAGGGAAACGUCUGGCGUGAGUUCUGGAGAGAAGCAAUGACGCAGGAGAAUGGUGUUGUGCAUAUGGAGAAAACAGCAGACAAAUGGGGAAAGAGUGGACAAGGAGAUGAAUGGCAAGAGAAGUGGUGGGAGCAUUACGAUGCUACUGGUAAAUCAGAGAAAUGGGCUCAUAAAUGGUGCAGCCUUGACCGGAACACACCGCUUGAUGUAGGCCACGCUCAUGUCUGGCAUGAGAGGUGGGGAGAGAAGUAUGAUGGGCAAGGAGGGAGCACAAAGUAUACGGAUAAGUGGGCGGAGAGGUGGGUAGGGGAUGGUUGGGACAAGUGGGGAGACAAAUGGGACGAGAACUUUAACCAGAGCGCGCAAGGAGUGAAGCAAGGUGAGACUUGGUGGGAAGGUAAGCAUGGUGAUAGAUGGAACCGGAGCUGGGGAGAAGGACAUAAUGGUUCGGGUUGGGUUCAUAAAUAUGGCAAGAGUAGCAGUGGAGAGCAUUGGGACACGCAUGUGCCGCAAGAGACUUGGUAUGAGAGGUUUCCUCAUUUUGGCUUCUUCCAUUGUUUUGACAACUCUGUUCAGCUCCGAGCUGUGAAGAAGCCUUCUGAUAUGGCUUAG